AUGGCAACAACAAAUAUCAACUACAGCGCCCUUGAAGAAGGCUAUGACCUCGAAAUCAACAAGUUGACCCCCGUUCUCACAAAACGCCAGCAAAUCACCCACGAGCUCAAUCAAAUCCAAACCCUCCGCAACUCAAAUCUUCAUUCCGCACAGCAAGCCCUCCUCAACUCCACCACCUUGUCAGACGAUCAAUCAGCCCGCCAGGAACUCGACGAUGUGCAAUCCAGUAUCAACCAUGCCCUCCAACAAGUCCGCAGCCUGGUAGAUGAGCUCAGAUAUCUUGCGGACCCGAGUGAUCCGCGCGUGCGGGCACAGGUCGAUGCCACGAAGAACCAAGUGCAACAGGCCAUUCAGGAUUAUUAUCGGUCGCAGACGGAGUUUGAUCGCGCGCUCCGGGACCAGGUGUGGCGGCGAUACGAGAUUGCGAACCCGGAAGCAUCGCCAGAAGAGGUAGAGCAUGGCGUCCAGCAGGUGUUGGCAGGGACAGAGAUGGUGCAAGGAGCCCGAACUCGACAAGCGAGAGAUGCACAGGCUGCUGUCAUGGAGCGAUCGGCUGCCAUCCGCAAGAUUGAGCAGGAUCUGAUGGCCCUUAGCGAGCUUUCUCAGCAAGUGGCUGAGCUUGUUCGUGCGCACGAACCAAUGGUUGAGACCAUUGAGGAAAAUGCGGAGAAAACGGCGUUCAACUAUGAGAAGGGAAACGAAAAGAUAGGCCAUGCGAUUAUCAGCGCUCGUAAUGCGAGAAAGUACAAGUGGUACAUCCUGCUUGUUUGCAUACUUAUCAUCGCUAUCAUCGUGGCUAUAUGCGUCGGGUGGUGCAAGUCUACCGACCACUGUUGA